AUGGACUCGAUAACUUCUUCUCCCAACGCUUCAGGCCUCUCUCACGACAACCGCCCGGAUGGAUCGUGGAGGCCGCCGACUAGCAGAAGGGGGCCCAGUUCUGCACGAGAAAGCAAUGGUGGGAUUGACCACAGCCCCGUGGGUGUGAACGCACCUGCGACCGCCCUCCAACAAGACAUGAGCAUCCCCGCCGUCCUCGAGAUGUACGACAAGCAGUUCCUCCCCGGCCAGCACAAGUCGCUGUCGGGGAUCGCAACACGCUCAUUUAUCCUCGGCUGCACGUUGACGCUCUCUCUGAGCCUCGCCCUGCACCUCCUCCUCACGACUGACUCGCCCCUCUGGCGCGUGCCCUUCUUCAUCAGCAUCCUCUCGCUCUUCCACUUCCUCGAGUUCUGGACCACCGCCCGCUACAACACGCGCGCCGCCCAGAUCUCCUCUUUCCUGCUGUCGCAGAACGGCUCCGCCUAUAACAUCGCCCACACCACCGCCAUCAUCGAGUGCAGCCUGUCGCACUACUUCUUCCCGGACCGCCAGUGGCUCCCGCCCGUCUGGCACCGCGCCCUGCUGUUCCUCGGCCUGGGCCUCGUGGCCCUGGGCCAGGCCGUCCGCUCCGGCGCCAUGAUUGCCGCGGGGACCAAUUUUAAUCAUAUUAUCCAGCGUACCAAGGCGUCGUCGCAUCAGCUGGUCACCACGGGCAUCUACGGCUAUCUGCGGCAUCCGUCAUACUUCGGCUUCUUCUGGUGGGGUCUGGGCACCCAGCUAGUGCUUGGGAAUCCGGUUUGCUUCGUGGGGUUUGCCGUGGUGCUUUGGAGAUUUUUCUAUAAAAGGAUCCAGGGCGAAGAAAAGUUGCUGGUCGGGUUUUUUGGGGACGAUUACGUGGCAUAUAGGAAGAGAACUCAGGUUGGGAUCCCAUUUAUUCGAUAA